AUGUUUAUAUUAUCAGUUUUGAAAGAUACAAUUCAUAUACAACCUUAUGAUUUUUAUAAAUCUAAAUAUGAUGCAUUAAGCGACGAAAUUAAUCGAAUUUACGCAAAUAGAAUUAUUCAAGAAGUUGGAUUAUGUAUAUGCUUAUUUGAUAUACUUUCUGCAAGCGAAGAAAUAGUUCAUUACGGGAACGGUGCUAGUUAUGCUAAAGUUACAUUUCGAAUAGUCGUAUUUCGACCUUUCAUUGGUGAAAUUCUGGAAGGAAAAGUUUCAAGUAAUACACCCGAAGGUGUUAAAGUAACUUUAGGAUAUUUCGAUGAUAUAUUAAUCCCCACAAAUAAUGAUGAUGGCUGGAGGUUUGAUUUUGGAUCACAAGUUUGGGUAAGGUUAUGGGACAAUCCAUUACCGGAAAAUUUAUGGAAAUCAGUAGAAGAUAAAUAUUUGUAUAUGUAUAUGGAUAAGGAUCAACCAUUAAAAUUUAGAAUUAUAGAAGAGAAAUUUACUGAUAUUGGUACAAAAGGUCCACCACCCAAACGUACUGGGGCCGUAGCUGGACAAAAAGUUCCUCAACCUGGUUCUUCUUCAUUGCCUUCUGAUGUCAUGAUUGUUGGCAAUAAUAAGAGUGUAACAAAUUUACAACAGAAUAUUGCUAGUGGUGACAUUACUGCUACUGAAUCCAAUUCUACCAUUGGAGGUACUUCUGUUUUACAAGGAAGUAGAUUAUUAGGAGCGACCACUGUUUCUUCACAAACCCAUAAACUCAAACAAGCACCUUAUGAAAUUAUUGGAUCUGUUGCUGAAUAA